GGCGGUGGCGGUAAGGGGGCGGCGCGCUGGUGCCCGGGCCUGGCGAGCCCCUCCUCCCCGCGGGCUCCGCGGCGUGUUGGGCGCCGGACGCUGGGCGGCGGGGGCGCCGGGCUGGGGGGAUGUCCGCCUUCUCGGAGGCGGCGCUGGAGAAGAAGCUGUCGGAGCUGAGCAACUCGCAGCAGAGCGUGCAGACGUUGUCGCUGUGGCUGAUCCACCACCGCAAGCACUCGCGGCCCAUCGUCACCGUUUGGGAGAGGGAGCUGCGCAAGGCCAAACCAAACAGAAAACUGACAUUUCUUUAUCUUGCCAAUGAUGUCAUCCAGAACAGCAAAAGGAAAGGGCCAGAAUUCACAAAAGAUUUUGCUCCAGUCAUAGUUGAAGCCUUUAAGCAUGUUUCCAGCGAGACUGAUGAAAAUUGUAAAAAGCAUCUUGGAAGAGUGCUGUCUAUUUGGGAAGAAAGGUCUGUUUAUGAAAAUGAUGUGUUAGAACAACUCAGGCAAGCUCUCUAUGGCGAUAAGAAGUCUAGAAAGCGUUCAUAUGAACAGAUAAAGGUGGAUGAGAAUGAAAAUUGUUCAGCACUAGGAUCACCAAGUGAACCUCCACAGACUAUAGAUCUCAUUAGAGCCUUACAAGAACUUGAAAAUGCAGCCUCUGGUGAUGCAGCAGUUCAUCAGAGAAUAGCUUCUUUGCCUGUUGAAGUCCAAGAUGUAUCUCUGCUAGACAAAAUAACAGAUAAAGAAUCGGGAGAACAGCUUUCCAAGAUGGUAGAUGAUGCAUGCAUGCUGUUGGCAGAUUACAAUGGUCGAUUGGCAGCAGAAAUAGAUGAUAGGAAGCAACUAACUCGAAUGUUAUCAGAUUUUCUUCGUUGUCAAAAAGAAGCCCUUGCAGAGAAAGAACAUAAGUUGGAAGAAUACAAGCGCAAAUUAGCCAGAGUAUCCCAGGUUCGAAAAGAACUCAGGUCUCGAAUCCAGAACCUACCAGAUUUGUCUCGGUUGCCCAAUGUCACAGGCAGCCAUGUGCACCUGCCAUUUGCUGGAGACAUCUACAGUGAGGAUUGAUGACAGUACCUUUUUCCAGGGCCUCAGGACUUUGCAAGAGCUGGAGAUAGGUUAAGUGAAUAGUCUCGUAGUAUUAUUUUUGUACAUUGUUGAAAAAAGUGAAACAAACACAGAUAUCCCCAACAAAAUUCAAAAAAAAAAUUAAAAAAUAUUUAAAGUGUUGGGUUUUUUCCUAUUUUAUUGGUAAGUUGAAAUUACAAUUCAAAAAUUGACAUCUAUGUGUUGAUAUGUUCACAAAGAAGUGAUUAUUUUAAAAAGAUCCUUUUAUAUAUUUUUUGAUCCAGGGCCCUGUGAUAAACUAAAACCUUUCUAUUUUUCUUUAUGUAAUUUUGAAGGUUCCUCUUUAUGUUUCUGCAUUAAUAUGUGAAUGUAACUUCGAUAUCUAAUCACUGUAUAAUAUGUAAUUUCUUCAGGAAAAGAACUAAUCAGGAGGUUGGGACAUUAUUCUCAUGUAUUUUAGGGAUUUGAUGGUAAAGAGGACAUAAAGUUGACAGAUUAAGGCUAAGCUUACUUAAGUCUAUCAACCCCAAUGUCUCCUUGUUUGUGCCUCUCAGUGCUUUUGACUCAGCACACAUGAAAAUGGAAAUCACUUUGUGAGUCAAACUGAGGACAUUCACAUUCUGAGGGGAAUAUUUAAAACAACAAGAGAGUAUUUUUUCUGAACUUACUGGAAACUUGUUUAAUAUUACAAGAAUAUGGAAACAAGUCAGAGUAUCCCAGAACAGACUUCAGUUAUCACCCCAACUCACUUUGUCCCUGAGCACAUCAACAUUCCAUUUAUAUGUAGUCAGUGGGACAGUAGAAGAGUCUAAAUCGCUUAUUGCCUAUUAAAAGCAUAACCUUGUUUAUCUUAAUUCACCAUCUCUCAAUGUAGGAAAAACAGCAUGCUUAAUUGGGUAUAUACAUUGAGUGUGCCACUUGAAUAAACAAACUUGGAAAUGCUUUGUAGGAAUUUGUCUAUUCAAAGAGUUGAUCCCUCAAGAUAUUCUAGAUUCUGAAGCUAAUUUCAUAAGGUAUAAAUUUUUGUCUCCUACCCAUGGAGAUGAAUCUAAGCUUUAUCUUAAGUAUAGUUGAUCUCAUUAAUGUGAAGAAAUCUAUAAAAUCAAUUGGUCUAUAAAAACACGUUUUAUGACUUCUCCCAACUAUAAAACCUUAAAAGCUUUAGUGUCAUUUUUAGCUCCAAUAUGCCGACAACACUACAAAUAGAACAUUGUGGAUGAGUUGUAGUGUUCUUUGUAGUUGCCUGAAACACUUUUAAUGUCCCCUCAAAGUUUUUGAAUAAAAAGCAGUGCUACAUAUAUCCAGAGUUACCAAAACAAGUAUGGUUUUUUCUUUUAUUUGUAACACUGUGUUAGAGCUAUUGGAUCCCAUGCUUUCUUUUUAAAGUGCGUUUUUAGCAAUGGGUUUGUGCCAGGUAAUAGCCAUUUUAGUAUAAUUGUUCAUGACAUUGUCAAUAAAUGAUGGAAAUUUUUCAUUUUGUGCAUUGCUUUGCAGAUUAGACAUUUUCAUUUCCGUUGUAAGUAUAUAUGACCUAGAAUAGAAAAUAAAUUACCAUCUCUUUUUACAUCUUAGAAACCAGAAAGUCUCCAUAGUCUCAGUGUCUUCAGUGUAAAUAUUUCUUUUUCAGUAUUAGUCAUAUUCAUAGAUAGUGUGCAUGUAUAAUAGAAGGGGAAUAUUUAUUUUCUAAGAUAACUAUGGAAAAAUAUCAUAAUAGUGAGGAAAAUUCAUAAAGUGCAUUUUUAUAAAACCUGUGAAGGAAUUUAGAAUAAUUUCAUCUUUCAUGCAGUAAAUGUGUGACUAGAAAUUGUACUGGUAUAAUCUGAGCUCUCCCCAGCACAUAAAUGAAUAUGGGAAGCUCCUCAGUUACCAAUGACCUGUGUUACAAAAGUCUGAAGAUUGGCUUGUUUAGGUCUUCUUUUCCAAUCCUGGCAUUUAUAAAUGCCAUAUAAAGGCCAUGGAGCUAUAAAGACAAAAGAGAGAACAGUCCCUGCCUUCCAGGAACUUAUAUUCUGUUGGUGGGGUGGGCGGGAGAUACUACAUUCAAACAUAAACAUUUAAAGAGGAGGAGAAAAUUAUAUCAAGUGGGAACUUCAGAAAAUGCUUCCCAUAGGACAUGGCCCAUGGAUUGGGCCUUGAUGAAACCAAGGGAGGUAAACACGCCAGUGAGGAAUGAGUACAUUCCAAAUUUUGAGGACUAUCUUUGCAAAAUCGUGGAAACGGGAAAUAGAAUGUUAGAGUUAGGGAAUAGCAAAUAGGCCGGCUUGACUGAAACGCAGAGUGCAUGAAGGGGACUAUGAAAGAAACCUAGAAAGGUUGGCUGGAAGCCACUAUGUGCGUGCCUUUAAAUGCCAAGAUGAGAAGUUUGUAUUUUAUCUAGAGGUAUUGCUUUUGAAGGUUUUUUAGCAGGGGACUGGUGUGGUCACAUGCGAUUUAGGAAGAUUAUUUUGGCAACUAUAUGAUGGCUAAAAGAAGAGAAAUCUGGAAUCUGGAAUCCAGUUCUGUUGAUGACUACCUGAACUAUGUGACUUGGUAUACAUUUUCUCAUAGAAAUGAUGCUAUAAAUAUUUAGGUUCUCAGGCUAGCCCACAAAAACCUGCCUGGAAAUCUCAUGUAUUUAACCCUAGCGUAUCUAUACCUGUAGUACUACAAACGCUAACCAGAGAACUUUGGCAGAGGAAGACUCUUUAAAAAGAGGAUAUAGCAGUAAUUUGUACGGUUUAGGCACUGGGCCUCACUUUUGGAAUCAAGCUUCUGUAAGGAGCCUCUGUGGAGGAGGAAAAAAAACUCAGAGGCUCUAAUGGCCUGAUUCUUUUAAAAUAAUACACCAUCCUUCUGGAUUUUCUGGUCCAAAAAUACCAUUAGAAUGAAAGAACAUACUGGGAAGGGUAAAAACUAAAUAUUUUCACCAAAAUUUGGGUUAUGCAGAGGAUUGAAAAGUAUUCUAGGCAAAUCUUUUGAAAGGAACUUCUUAGAGCAGUCUUGGAAAGAAUAAAAGAGAUUGAUGUACUUUCACAAUCCUUACUUACACAAUAUUCUUGUGUAAACAACAAAGUUUGUAUCUUAUUGUAUUUUCAACUUUUUAGCUUCCUUUGUAUUUACUAAAAAAGUGAUUUUGUUCAGAAAAAAAUGUUUUCCUCUUAAAACUAUUGUGUACAAAAAUACUCCAUUGUUUAGUCUGUUAUUUAUUAAGAGAGUUCAGUAAAAUGUUUUCAUCUGG